AUGGUAAUUUCUCUUUCAGCACUGAUAAAUUCUGUCAAUCCUACGGCGACAACGAUUAAUGUCGAGUUAUCCGAGAAAUUUAUGAAAUCCGUGGAUAUAAAAUCAUGUUCAAGAACAGUUGGGAAAGAUUUGGAAAAAUCUGUGAGAUAUAAUGGCGGUUAUGGUUUGGCCGUCAAUGAAACAGCGGUUAAACUUAUUUACCGACUGCGUUCCGAAUUGCUUAAAAAGCGAGUGGAAAUCAAUUAUAGAUGCCUAGUGUUGGCCAUGAUCGGUAUAUUCGCAAUGGUGAUUGAUAAUGAGCUUACUAGUCAAUUUGUGUUCGGAAUUUCUAAGUUGGCUGUUUUUGAUUGCGGUGCUGAUGACUGGAGGACUGUGUUCUCAUGUGAACGAUUUUUUCAAAUUUUAUUGGAACUCCUAAUAUGUGUUGUUUGUCCUUUUCCAGGAACGGGUUCUAUUGAAUGGACAUUUAUUGAAACAUCUGGAAGCCAUUCAACUCGAAGACGUGGUGAGACUAGCAUAUUUUACGAGGAAGUACCAUUGGAUACAGUUUUAUCCCUUUUCAUGCUAUUUCGUACAUAUUUAAUAACUCGUUUCAUGGUUCUGCGUAGCAAACAGUUUCAGGACGCAUCGACGAGGACAUUAGCUGCAUUGAACCGAAUAAAAGUAAAUUUCUCGUUUGUUAUGAAGAGUAUUAUAGAUCAACAUCCAAUAAAAUUUCUCACCAUAUUUACGUUUGUUUUUUGGAUGACAACAGCAUGGAUAUUCGCACAGUGCGAGAGAAAGGUUAACAAUUGGCAUAAAUAUCGCGAUAAAUUUGCAGCAAUUACGUUUAUGUUAAAUGGCUAUGGCGAUAUAGUACCACAAACUCAUUGUGGACGGGUUGUUGCGAUAACUGUUGGUGUUGUUGGCGCAAUUGUCUCUUCAAUAUUAAUCGCAGUUAUAUCGAAAAAAAUCCAUCUAUCGCAAGGGCAACGAAAUGUAAAUAAUUUUAUGAAUGAUUCUCGAUUAAUAAAUGAACAUAAAAAUGCAGCAGCUCGGGUUUUACAACACACUUGGCAUAUACAUAAAAGCAUUCAACGAAAUGAUAAAGAUGAUAAACUUCGGAUUUAUCAGCGAAAGUUCAUUCAUUCUAUACGCCAAUUUCGACAUCUUAAAAAUAAAAUUCGCAUUUUCAACGAUUCUUGCAAUGAAUCAAUUCGACACUUAUGCAAAGUAAUUUUUCAAAUUUUUCUCAAAUUUUAA